AUGCAUCCGAUGCCUGUUUGUAGCGUUAGUGGUGGAGACAUAUUUGACUGUAUACAGAGGGGGAAUUUAGAACAGUGCAUACACUUUAUCCAAAAUGACCGAUCAAUCUUGAAACAGAAAGGUUGGGGUGGUUUCACCCCUCUCCACUAUGCUGCUCUCCAUGGGAGUCGUUCAAUGGUGGAUCUCUUCUUGAGCAAUGGAGCCGAUCCUAACCUCACGUCUGAUGCUGGACAGACAACUUUUCACUUUGCCUGCAGACAGGGAAACAUUUAUAUAAUGCAUCAAAUGAUGCAAUAUGGGGCUGAUUUACGAAUCAUAGACUUGCAAGGAAAGACAUCACUGCAUCAUGCUGUCACUGGUGGCAACAUUGUUGCUGUGCACUUUCUAUGGGAGACUGGAAUGUUCAGAUUUUCUGACACAGAUAUGUACAAGGUGACACCUCUUCACCUGGCCGCAUCCACAGGCAACACAGAGGUGGUGCGAUACCUGCUUCGAGAGCAGAGAUGUGCAGUAGGCGCUGUUGACCAGCAGGGAGCGACAGCGCUUCAUGUCGCAGCAGAGCGUGGGGGAGUGGAGGUGUGCUGGACUCUGCUGCAAAGAGCAGGCUGCAGGAUGCUCCAUCAGAAAAACCACGUUGGCCUCACGCCAUUGGAUCUCUGCAAACAAGGGAAGACUUUCAGACAUCAGCAACUCACCAAACUACUGAGUCGGUACAUUAAUGAGCCCUUGUACCACAUGCCUAGAGAGUCGCAUGUGUUGUAUUACUGGACGCUGCUUUUCCCUUUGUUGAGUGGGGCUGUCAUUCUACUCAUAGCUGCCAUGUUGGGUGUAUAUGGUGGUCUUAUAUGUGCUAUGCUGUUCCCCUGGCUUGCUAGAAGUAUAUUUACUCAAUAUCACAGAAUGACAACAUACCAAAGGCUGCCAAAUCCAGUCUACUUGGGAACACUCAUAGCUGCCACUCCAUUGGUCCAAGUGUCAAUGAUCCACUUCUCCAUAGUUUUGUGCUUGUUCUGUAAAGUUCUAGUCCAGGAUCCCGGGAGACUGAAGAGGGACGAGGCAAAUCCUAACUUUUCCUGUAUUGCUGAUUUGGUCGAGAAUAAUCAAAGCCAUCAUCGAUUCUGCCCAUAUUGUGAGCUGUUUCUCCCGGACAACACAAAACACUUGCAGCAGCAGCAGCAGCAGCAGCAGCAGGGGCAUCAGCUGAGGAGAGGAGAGGGGGAGUGGGCAGUGGGCAGUGGGCAGGGCUCUGAGAACAACAGGGAGAAGAGGGACGCGUCAUCGGGAGGGAAGGCGUGGAAACCGGCGACAGUGGUGGUUGUAAGAGAGCACCACACACACCGUAUAACCAUGCUGAGCCCCAAGAUCAAACAGGCACGCCGGGCGCGGUCAAAGAGCAUGGUGCUUGGGGAGCUGUCGCGGGUUUCUCGGCCCUGCUCCCCUCUGGACCAGGAGAAGGCUCUGAAGGCAGGAUGGCUCAAGAGGCAACGCAGCAUCAUGAAGAACUGGCAGCUGCGCUGGUUUGUUCUGAGGACUGAAGCUCUGUACUUUUACAAGGACCAAGAGGAGACCAAAGCGCAGGGAUGUAUUCCUCUUCAGGGCAGUCAGGUCAAUGAGCUGCCCGCCACUCAAGAUGACCCUGGCCGCCACCUCUUUGAAAUAGUGCCAGGGACCAAUGGGGACAAGGAGAAGCCUGGAAUAAGCCAUGAGUCUUAUUUACUUAUGGCAAACUCUCAGAGCGAUAUGGAAGAAUGGGUCAGAGCUAUACGCAAAGCUAUAUGGGCCCCGCUAGGAGGAGGUAUCUUUGGGCAGCAUUUAGAGGAGACGAUGCUGUACGAGGCCCAGUCCACACAGCGACAGGUGCCGGUGCUGGUGGAGCAGUGUGUGAGUUUCAUUCGAGAACAUGGGCUAAAAGAAGAGGGUCUAUUCAGGGCUCCAGGACAGACCAAUCAUGUGCGAGAGCUGCAGGAUGCUUUUGACCGAGGAGAAAAGCCAGUAUUUGAUAGUACCACCGAUGUCCACACAGUGGCAUCACUGCUGAAGCUGUACAUCAGAGAGCUGCCUGAGCCUGUGAUACCAUUUGCCAAAUACACACAGUUCCUGUCUUGUGCUCAAAUUAUUACCAAGGAUCGAGAAAUGGCUGUUGUAGAGCUUUGCAAACAGGUUAAGUCCCUUCCUCAGGUCAACUACAAUCUCCUUUGUUACAUCUGCAGGUUCUUGGAUGAAGUUCAGAGUCAUUCAAAUGAGAAUAAGAUGAGUGUUCAGAACUUGGCCACGGUGUUUGGUCCCAACGUCCUUCGCCCCAGAAUGGAGGAUCCCGUCACAAUGAUGGAGGGAAGCUCUCAGGUCCAGCUCCUCAUGACUGUUCUGAUCAGCGAACAUUCUCGGCUUUACCAAAGAGACCAGCCUGAAGCGGACACUCAAACACCUUCACAACCUCAAAAGACUCCUCCAGUCCAACGUGGGAAAGUUGAGUGGCUUCCCCAAGAAGACAAAGCCACGCCCUUCUCUUUGCAACCAGACUGCAGUAAUAAAGAACUGCCCCAGAGUGCAACAGGCAAGGAACUUCAAGAUGGAGACAGGUGUAAAAAGGAAGACAACGCAGAGGAUAAAGCAGAAAGCAAACCUGAUGUGAUGGAUUUGAAUGUGAGUCCGAGCAAACAGUCCAAGCCGCUACCCACGUGGAAAUCCUCACUGAAGGGUGGAGCAGCAUCCGGAGGUCCAAGGGGUAAACUAGGUGGGUCGGCAGGAGAUGUAUCUGCAGCUGGGGGUAGUAACUGGCUGAUGAAUGGCCUGUCGUCUCUACGAUCUCACAGGCGAACUACGUCGUCUGGAGAGAGACUAAAAGACUCAACUCUUUCACUAAAGGAUUCAGAGGAGGAUUCUAGGACAAAUCCAUCCUCCCUCAGCCACAGAGCCCUACAAACCCACAGACUGUCGGCCUAUGACAACGUAGCACCGUCCAGUCUUAGCCUCCCCGCAGACACCUCCCUGUGGACCUCAUAUGAGAUCUCAAUAGAAGAACCCAAGGGCAGUGAUAAAGACGUGCAGAUGGAGCAUGAUCAAGACAAGUGCACAGAGGUGAAGGACGCUGACAAUGUCGAAGUUACAACUGUGAGUAUUAUUGUGAAUGAACCGGAGGAGACGGACACAGAGACACAGGAGAGCUGCAACGAAGCAGUGAGCGAACUCAAGCAGGAGCUGAAGAACCAGAGGAAGAACUACGAAACACGCAUCCGCAAGUUGGAGGAGUCCUGCUCUAAAUACCAGUCGCAGGUGAGUCUGCUCGAGGAGGAGCUGGACCAGGAGAAGAAGCAGCUCCAUAUGUUGUUGAUUCGACUCAGGAAUUCAGAAAGGGCUCAUGAAGAUGCAGAAAAACGCAACGUCCUUCUUCAAAAGGAGAUGGAAGACUUUUUUAAAACACUUGGGGACCUGACCACUGGAACAACGAGGAAAAACUAA